AUGAAAAGGAUUCCAACAACAAGAGCCCCAGCCACCACUGGCAAGAGUUGGGUGCCGGGGUUUCAGGAACUCAGUGGCAAGCAUUGGGCGUGGGGGGUGAAAUCGGAAGAGAAAAUACGCACAGAUGACUUGCCUCUUUCUGCCUUCUCGUGCCCCACGUGCGGCUUCCAGCGCCACAGCAAACAUGGACUCACAAGGCACCGCAUAGUCAGCCAUAGAUUCAGGCCGGACACCGUGAAACCCAGCCAACGUGGACAGUGCGAAGGGACGAGCAUGCACCUAUUGAGCUGUCCCGCAUUAAAGAGUCUACGCUGUCACUUUGGGGUGGAUGGGGGCGACAUGGAGAAGUUGUGCUUUAUGCAGAAGUUGGCCGCAUACCUGCUUGCAGUGGAAAGGUUUUGUCCUCAACGGCCUUCCCC